CCCGCGCCGCCGAGUGCCCUGCGGACUCGGCCGAGGGUCGGCGCCGCCGCGGGCCUCGGCCUUCGGGGGCGGGGGGGCUUCGGCGGAGUGCGGGUGGGCUCCGCGCUGCCGCCGCCGCCGUCGUGCCCUAUGGGCAAGAUCCGCCCGCCAGGCCCGCAUUAAACUGGAGAGAAGAUGUCCCUGUAUGAUGACCUAGGAGUGGAGACCAGUGACUCAAAAACUGAAGGCUGGUCCAAAAACUUCAAACUUCUGCAGUCUCAGCUUCAGGUGAAGAAGGCAGCCCUCACUCAAGCAAAGAGCCAAAGGACAAAACAAAGCACAGUCCUUGCCCCUGUCAUUGACCUGAAGAGGGGCGGUUCCUCAGAUGAACGGCAGAUAGUGGACACACCACCACAUGUAGCGGCUGGGCUGAAGGACCCUGUUCCCAGUGGGUUUUCUGCAGGAGAAGUUCUCAUUCCCUUAGCUGAUGAAUAUGACCCCAUGUUUCCUAAUGAUUAUGAGAAAGUCGUGAAGCGCCAGAGGGAAGAGCGGCAGAGGCAGCGUGAGCUGGAAAGACAGAAGGAAAUAGAAGAGAGGGAAAAGAGGCGUAAAGACAGACAUGAAGCUAGUGGGUUUUCAAGGCGGCCAGAUCCAGAUUCUGAUGAAGAUGAAGAUUAUGAGCGAGAAAGAAGGAAAAGAAGUAUGGGCGGAGCUGCCAUUGCCCCACCCACUUCUCUUGUGGAGAAAGACAAGGAGUUACCCCGAGAUUUUCCUUACGAAGAGGAUUCAAGGCCCCGGUCACAGUCUUCCAAAGCUGCUAUUCCCCCUCCAGUGUAUGAAGAACCCGACAGGCCCAGGUCUCCAACUGGGCCCAGUAACUCCUUCCUUGCUAACAUGGGGGGCACAGUAGCACAUAAGAUCAUGCAGAAGUACGGCUUCCGGGAAGGCCAGGGACUGGGGAAGCACGAGCAAGGGCUGAGCACCGCGUUGUCUGUGGAGAAGACCAGCAAAAGGGGCGGCAAGAUCAUCGUGGGUGACGCCACCGAGAAGGGAGAGGCUCAGGAUGCAUCCAAGAAGUCGGAUUCAAAUCCAUUAACAGAGAUACUUAAGUGCCCUACUAAAGUGGUUCUGCUGAGGAACAUGGUUGGUGCAGGAGAAGUAGAUGAAGACUUGGAAGUUGAAACCAAGGAAGAAUGUGAAAAAUACGGCAAAGUUGGGAAAUGUGUGAUAUUUGAAGGACCUGACCCAUACCGAAUGUGA